AUGUUGGGACCAAGUCUUUUGCUCACUUCGGCCCUGUCUGGAGCUGUUGCUCUGGCCAGCUAUCUACCAGAGGUACCAAGUGUAGCUUCUUUUCAAUACAAUGCGCGCAGACAGGCUACCAAUAACACAUCGUCGUUCAAUGGCCCUUACAGCACACGGGGGAGGGAUAUUGUUAACAGCAAGGGCGAGAAGAUAACUUGGGCAGGUGUCAACUGGCCCAUGAGUGGCGAAACCAUGAUUCCCGAGGGUCUUGAAUGGGCAUCUGCAGAAGAAAUCCUUUCUGAUAUUGCCGGUGUCGGCUUCAACUACAUCCGCAUGGGUUAUGCCAUUGAAAUGAUCGAUCAGAUAUACGAUCGAAAUGGACAGGAUGUACCUCUAGAGGUUGCAUUGAUCAACGCGCUUGGAUACGUCAACGGUACCAAGGUGACCAACGAGAUCGUAGCAAAGAAUCCCGGUUGGACAUCACAGACCACUCGAUUCGAGAUUUGGGGCGAUAUCGCACGUAUCGCCGCUACAAAGGGCAUCUACAUCAGCCCAGAUGUGCAUACUGGAAAGGCGCAAUGGUGCUGCUCGCACUACGACGGCGCCGCCUGGUUCGAUGAUCUUUUCUUCAACGCCACACAUUGGCGUCGAGGUCUUUCCUACGUUGCGAAUUGGGCAAAAGACCACCCGAACAUUGCUAGCAUGUCUCUUCGCAACGAACUUCGCGACUCAUACAAUGUUACCGACUUGAACUACAACUGGCAGACACUUGUGGGCAACAUGACAGCUGGCGCGGACGCUAUUCAUGAGGCCAACCCCGAUAUCCUCAUCCUCUGGUCAGGAAUGCAAUACGGACAAGAUCUCUCAGCUUUGACGAGCGGCAAGAACAUUCUUAGUGCCCCGUGCUACAAGUGCACCGCCAUCCGCAAUGCUGCCAGGCUUGAGCCAGUCUACUUCAACGUCGAUGACCACGCUUGGGCCGACAAGCUAGUUUGGGAACUUCAUUUGUACAAGAUGAGCGAGGAUGUCGAUACCGACAGAUGCGACAUUGUCAAGGCGAGUCUCUACCGCAACGGCUUCAAUGCCCUAGGCAUCGACGCGCCAGAAGCAUGCAAUAUCACAAACGACUGCCCCAAGGCUGUACGUGAGACGCCAGUCAUUCUCAGCGAGUUCGGUACUGCCCAGGACGAGACACUCUUCAACGAUACUCUUCAAAACUGCCUGAGAGAGUACACCAUUGAGAACGACGUCAGCUGGAUGAUGUGGGCUAUUGCUGGUUCAUACAGAAUCAGAUCAGGAAUCCAAGGAUUCCCCGACACAUGGGGUAUGACCAACUACGACUGGUCAGGCUGGAACUACGAUCGCGGUAUCGAAGAGUACUGGAAGCCGUGGACCAAGGCGAUGAACGUCACAAAGGUGAUUUAG